AUGUCAUUUCUAAAUAGUCUGUUAGACAAUGAUGUUAAUUGUAUUAGUCAGCUUAGGAUGGAUAGGAGAACAUUUGAUACUUUGUGUCAGUUAUUAUGCGAGGAUGGAUAUGUUAAAAGUGAUGGCAUUGUUACAUUGGAAGAGCAAAAUUGUUUGGGAGCUUUAGAUGGAACAUAUAUUAAAGUGAAUAUCCCAGAAAACGAUAAACCAAGAUAUCGAACAAGAAAGGUACCUAGUUGGGAAGGUUCUGCUUCGGAUUCACUAGUACUCCGAGAUGCAUUAAGUAGGCCAAAUGGGUUAAGGGUACAAACCGUGGAUGCUGGUUACACUAAUAGUGAAGGGUUUCUUGCACCAUAUAGAGAAACAAGAUAUCACCUUUCUGAGUGGAGAGAUAGUUGUGCACCCAUAAAUCAUGAAGAGUAUUUCAACAUGAAGCAUGCAUCUGCUAGGAAUGUCAUUGAAAGAUGUUUUGGGGUUCUUAAAAAGUGGUGGGCAAUUUUAAGAAGUCCAUCUUUCUAUCCUAUUGCAACACAAAUCAAGAUAAUUACCGCAUGUUGCCUUAUACAUAAUCGUAUUAGAAGAGAAAUGAUAAUUGAUCCUGGGGAAGUUGAGUUUGAUAGGAGUGAUGAUGUUGACGUUAAUAUCGAGGAUGACUUUAUAGGAUCGAUUUCUUCAUCGGACCAAUGGACCCACUGGAGAGAUGAUUUAGCUAAGCAAAUGUUUGAUGAGUGGAGAUGUCGUCGUGGUCAUUAG